CUAACCCACACUGCCAUGGCUUCACCGACUCUUGAGUAUGCGUCGCAUGCACCAGAGCCCAUCUCAAACAGCUAUCCUCGUCUGGCCAGCUACCAUCUCCUUCCAGACGGCACGCCAGACUACCUGCGCCUCAUCCUAACCUCCAAAGUGUACGAGAUUCUGAAAGAAACGCCACUCGUCUUCGCCCCCAACCUCAGCGCAAGGCUCGGAAACCAGAUAUGGCUCAAGCGCGAGGACCUGCAGGAGGUCUUCAGCUUCAAAAUUAGGGGUGCUUACAACUUCAUGGCCAGCUUGACCGACGAUGAACGGUGGAAAGGCGUCAUCACAUGCAGUGCUGGGAACCACGCGCAGGGCGUAGCUCUCUCUGGCGCCCGUCUGGGCGUCCCCUGCACCAUCGUCAUGCCCAGCGGCACGCCCUCCAUCAAAGUCCGCAACGUCUCCCGCCUCGGCGCCAAAGUCAUCCUCCACGGCGCCGACUUUGACGAGGCCAAGGCCGAAUGCGCGCGCCUCGCCGAGGCGCACGGCCUCACCUUCGUGCCCCCGUACGACGACCCGCUCGUCAUCGCCGGCCAGGGCACCGUGGGCAUGGAGAUCCUCAAGCAACUAACGCACUCGGAGAAACUCGAUGGCAUAUUCGCUGCUGUGGGCGGCGGCGGGCUCGUCGCCGGGAUCGCCGAGUACGUGAAGAGAAUCGGCGGGCCCGACACGAAAGUCAUCGGCGCCGAGACUUUCGAUGGGGACGCUAUGGCGAAGAGUCUGGAUGCCGGAGAGAGGCAGACUCUGCCCGAAGUUGGGCCGUUCAGUGACGGCACGGCAGUCAAGAUCGUCGGCGAGGAACCCUUCAGGAUAUGCAAGCAACUCCUGGACGGCGUGGUGAAAGUAGACAACGACGAAAUUUGCGCAGCCAUCAAGGAUAUCUUCGAAGAGACGCGGUCGAUAACCGAGCCCGCUGGGGCCCUCGCGCUUGCCGGUCUGAAACGCCACAUCGUGGACAGCAAACUUAUCGGGGCGCAGAAACGCUUCGUGGCAGUCGUGAGCGGCGCGAACAUGAACUUCGACCGGCUGCGCUUCGUCGCGGAACGCGCAGAGCUCGGUGAAGGGCGCGAAGCCCUGCUGAGCGUCGAGAUCCCCGAGCGACCAGGAAGCUACGUGCAGCUGCACGGCCUUAUCUACCCGCGCGCGAUCACCGAGUUCAUCUACCGCUACAACUCGCCGGACGUCGCGCACGUGUUCCUCUCCUUCAAGCUCGAGACCAAGUCGCGCGCACGCGAGGUCGCGGACGUCCUGGCCGCGCUCGAGCGCGAGGGCAUGAAGGGGUACGACAUCAGCGACGAUGAGAUGGCGAAGAGCCAUGCGCGGUAUAUGAUUGGCGGCGCAAAGGCCGUGCCGAAUGAAAGGUUGUUUAGGUUCGAAUUCCCGGAGAGACCUGGCGCGCUGAGGAAGUUCCUCCUCGGUAUGCGGACAGGGUGGAACAUCUCCCUAUUCCACUACCGCAACCACGGUGCAGACUUGGGUAAAGUCCUGGCAGGCAUCCAAGUACCGCCAGAAGAGAGUGAGCAGUUCGAGGAGUUCUUGCGGAAUCUGGGAUACCCGUACGUAGAAGAGACGGAAAAUGAGGUGUACAAGCGGUAUCUUAGAGGGUGAUCACAAUCAUCUCUAUUUGUAUCUUGGUUUUCGAGUCGCGGUGAAUUGAAGUUGUACUCUUGAUUGCAGGUUGUUGUUCGGCAG